AUGCUCUUCCCCACCGGCCUGCUGGCGUCGGUGCUGACGCUGGUGGCGGGCGUUCUGCUUGGCCUGGCCGGCGCGGCAGGAGCGCUGGCCCUCGCCUUCUACCGCCUCACCCACCCCAAGUCCAGCAGCCAGCAUGCCCACGGCCCCACGGUGGGGCAGCUGCGGCCGCCGCGGCAUGGGCGGAGGCGCGUGCCUGCCGCGCACGGCAGCGGCAACACCGCCACGGCGCCGGGCCCCACGCUGCCGCAUGCCAUUGCGUGUGGGGGCGAGUUCAGCGGCAUCGUCUAUUCCUCGCCCGCCUCGCUCUGGCGGCGGGAGGACACGGUAGGCAACUGGCCUCCCACCAGCGACCCCACCCAGGGCAGCUUCAGGGCGUGGGAGGCCAGCCUGGCGCAGGGCACGCUGGUGCUGCGGCCCAUCCUGCCGCCGCCCGGCGCCAAGCCGCCCUCGCCGGGCCGUGGCGCGCCUGAGCAGCCCGGGCAGCAAGGCAAGCGGGGAGCGGCGGGCGAGGGUGUGCCAGACGCGGCCUCGCCCUCUGCAGCAGCAGCAGCAGGUGCUGGCGCGGGGCCAGCCGAGCCUGCUGCCGAGCUCGUGCCCCCCACCAAGGUCGGCAUCCCGCUGGAUGGCUGCCUGGUGGAGCUCGUGGCGGAUGGGCUGCGGGGGCGCAGCGAGUUCAUCCGCCGCGCGCCGCUGCUGAUCAGCCACCCCAGGUGGAAGCUGCUGGAGGGGGAGCCCGCCUUCUACCUGUGGGCAGACGACCCCGCCUCCAAGCAGCAGUGGCUGCACGCGCUGGGGUGGUGGUGCCAGGAUGCGGAGAAGCUGCGUGCGGUGGAGGCCAUGUAUGGGGCGUACUGCGAAGCCAUGCGGGACCGCAGUAUCCUGGAGUAUGCUGAGCAGGCGCCGCCAGGAGGCGCAGGCUCACAUGGUCCUGCGGCUGCUGAGGAUGCCGGCGGCGGCGGAGGCAGUGAGGCAGGCCCGGAUGGGCAGGCGCUGGCUCUUGUGGCGGCGACAGGGGAGCAGCGGCAGGCAAAGCAGCGGGGGUGGAAGGGCUGGGGGGCCAGCAAGGUGCAGAACAUGCGGCGCAAGAUGACGCAGAAGCAGCGCGACGGCAGCCAGGACGGCGCCGAUUCGAGCGGUGCCGGCGGCGGCCCAUUUGCCAGCCCCGGCAAGCAGGGUGGCGGGCCCAGAGGGUCAACCCCGCCAAGCCUGGAUCCCUCGCCGGCCAAAGGUCCGUCUGCCGCGGAGGUGCAGUCUCUGGAGAGCUUCAUCGAUGCCAAGUGGAUGCAGUCGCGCAAGGUCCAGAUGCCCGCCGCGAUCCCGCAGGCUGUGGUGCAGUCGCGCCAUGGGUCCCGCCACGGCUCCCGCCCCGGGUCCCACCAAACCUCUCCCAAGGCCAUCCCCGCGCCUCCAGCCGCAUCCGCCCACCUGGCGGGGCCGCUCCCCAACAGCGGCAGCGCGGCCAGCAGCCUGGGCGUGAGCGUCGGCAGCGUGCCUGGCUUGCUGGGCACCUCGCUGGGUGCAGGCAGCGGCUUCAUCACGCCGCCGCUGGGCAGCAGCCCUGCGGUAGGGGGUGGCGGGCUGCUGGGAGCUGCGCAGGGCUUGCCGCCGGGCGUGCGGCGGGCAGAGACCAUGCCUGCCCACCUGGCCAGCGGCGGCGGCAGCACUGCCGCGCUGCCCCCGGGCAGCCCGCUGGGGAGGCCGGAGCGGGGGCAGCAGAUGCCUGCGGCAGCAGCAGCUGAGGCAGCGCGGCAGCAGCAGCAGCAGCCGCAGGAGGGCAGCGAGGGCGCUCUCCCGGUGCAGCCGGCAGGAGCAGCGCCGCCGCCGGAAGGGGCGGCGGCCAAGUCGGCGUUUGUGCUACCCCAGGGCCUUCCACCGCUGCUGAGCCCCGACUACGCGGGCGGCUUCACUGUGACGAUUGAGGCGAAGGUGGACAUCCGGGAUGCCGCCGCCUGGGGCCGCCUGGACCAGGCGCUCACGCGGCUGGCAGAGGGCAAGCAGAAGCGGGGCGGCAGCAGCGCCAGCGUGGCGGGGCAUGUCGGCGUGCAGGCGCUGCCGCCCCAUGCAGCCUCCGCGCCUGCCCUGGGCGGCAGCGGCGGCAGCGGCAGCGGCGGCGGUGGCGGCGAGGAGGAGGGUGAGGAGGAGGGGGAGCCGCUCAGCCCCGACAGCUCUGCGGCAUCAGACGAUGCCUCGCUGGACGGCGGCAGCGGCAGCGGGCGGGGCGGCGCAGGGCGGGGCUUCAUGGGCGGCAUCCGCCGCCAGGCGGCCAAGAAGCUGCGCCAGCUGGCGGAGAGCACGGCCGCGCACAUCUCGCGCAUCCCGCUGCGCCUCAGCCUGACGUUCAGCGCUCUGGAAGGCACAAUGUGCGCCUGGGUGCCACCGCCGCCGGGCAACCGCCUCUUCUACGCCUUUGUGUCUCCCCCCCACCUCGAGCUCGUCGCAAAGCCAGAGCUGGCGGGCCGCCUCCUCAAGUACAGCUACCACAUCGCCCGCGUCAGCGCCUGGAUCGAGCACCGCCUGCGCGCCGCCAUCACCAAAAACAUGGUGUUCCCCCGGUGGGCGGCGGCGACAUCCCGCUGGCGCCGCUCAUGGGGCUGGACCUCCCCAAUGCCGUGGACAGCCUGCCCGCCCUGGCCAAGUACAUGCAGCAAGCAGCCAGCAGCCGUUCCCCCCGCCAUGGCGGUGGCGGUGGCGGCGGGCGGCGCUGCAGAGGCCGGGCGGCGCUCCUCUGGCGGCGGCAGCAGCGAGCAGCAGGAGGAGCUGGAUGUGGAGGCCUCGCUGUCCCUGCCCAGCCUGCAGGGCUCUGCCGCCGCAGAGUUGCCGGUUGAGCCUGCCGGCGCGGCUGGAGGCACAGCAGCUGCCGGCGGCGGCAGCAGCGAGGGUCACCUGAUCAGCCCUCGGUACGAUCAGGCUGACGGCGGCGGUGAUGGGCCGGAGCAGCUUGCUGCCGUGGACUUCAGGCCACCGGCUGCCACGGCCCAGGGCAGGCUCCCCACCGCAGCAGACGCCUGGGAUGCGGCGCUGGCCCAGGAGCGCUCCGGCGAGGCGCCCACGCCGCGCUUUGCUGACCAGGCGUGGCAGGCAGCGCCGCAGCAGCUGCGCCGCCAGCCCGUGGCCAGCGGCCCUCUGGGAGCCGGCGCAGGCCAGCCCCAGCCCCAGCAGCAGCAGCGGCAGCCGGAGCAGGCGGUCCAGGAGGCGGCAGGGCAACAGGCGGCAGCCAGACGGCCCUCGCUGCAGCUGCGGCUGUCGGCCACCCGCAGCCUUGACCCCGACUUCACCACAUCAGCUGAGCACACCAAGUUUGGGGAGGCGCCACCCGCCGCCCUGCCCAACUACACCGCUGUGCGCCGCACGCUGUCGGCUCGAUCGGAUGGCAGCGCUGGCGGCGGCCCCGGCUCCAGCCGCAGCGGCGGCAGCAGCGGCGCGCCGCGGGAGGCGGUGGGGGCGUCGCUGGGGCGCAGCCUGGCCUACCUGCGGCGCCAGACCUCGCUGCAGCACCAGCCGCGGGAGGCGGCGGAGCAGCAGGAGGCAUCGAUGCAGGCGUGGCUGGAACAAGCCAGCCCGCAGCGCCCGCCGCAGCACUCGCAUGCGCAGCAGGCGAGCCCGCCAGGUGGUGGCGGCGCCGAUGGCGGCGACCCCCACAGAAUGCGGCAGCAGGGCAGCUUCAAGGAGCAGGCCGGCAAGUUCUUCAGACAGGCCAGCACCAAGAUGAAUGCUGCGGGCAAGGCGCUGGCGACGCAGAUGAAGGAGAUUCAGCAGCAGCGGGCGGCUGGCGCUGGCGCCUCCGGGCUGCCGCACAGCGGCAGCAACUCCGCCCGCAGCGCCGCCAGCCCGCUGUCCAGCCCAGGGCGCUCUAAGCCGCAGCAGCAGGCGGCGCCGGCCUAGCGUUGCGAC